AUGCCCCACUGUGCUGUGACGGUUGAUCAAGUCUGUGGUCCCACGCACAACGCUCCGGAGGUAGGGUAUAAUAAGGUGCAGGUGCCGCGCUUCACUGCGGCUGCGCGCUCCCGCCAGGCCGGAAGUAUCCGGGUGAAGCUAGUGGAGAUGUCGGCAAUGAGAAAGGAAGCGCUUGUAGUUGCCGCAAUCGAUGAGCUUUAUUCAAGUUCGUCUGACAGCGAAGACGACAUGCUGAUCGACCUCAUCCAAAAACAAUGCGGUGAAGAGCGGCCGAAAGUGGACAGGUUCGUUGAACGGGUCGUCAGGCGCCUCGACGACACCGGAUUCCGGAAGCAUUUCCGGGUAAGCAGGAGCGUCUUCUACCGGCUGAUUGCGGAUUACGAAAACUCCAGUUUUUAUCCAAAGCAUCAUGGAGGCCCACAUCCGCAGAAAUCGGCUGAAGAGCACGUUCUUUCGUUUCUUUGGUUUGCAGGAAACAAAACUACCGAGCGAGCCGUCGCCGUCAUGUUUGGAAUGGCGGAGAGCACUGUGAACGGAAUCAUCGAACGUGUGGCAGGCUACUUGAACAGCAUCAGCGCGAAUGUGAUGCGCUUCCCAGACACACCUGAAAAAAAAAAAAAAAGAGCAGCCAGCGCCAAGUUCGAAGAAAUUUCAGGUUUUCCAAAUGUCUUGGGAUGUAUUGACGGAACAUACAUAGAAACGAGGUGCCCAGCCAGGAAGAUUGCCUCAACAUAUACAAACAGGCACGACAAGAAGUCAUACGGCGUUCAGGCAAUUUGCACUGCUGAUCGCAAGUUUGUGGAUGUGUUCCUUGGCCCCACAGGCAAGAUGCACGACGCUGAGACAUUCAAGCGCGGUUUCGCUUUAGAUAAACUGCCAGGAGUUUGUGAAGGCAAGUAUCAUCUGCUUGGUGAUGCCGCCUAUCCACUCCGAGAAUAUCUCCUGACACCAUUCAGGGACUAUGGUUCGCUGACCCCUGAAUGUGUACAAUAUAACUUGCGCUUGAGCCAAACACGUGUACGCAUUGAAAAUGCUUUUGGCCUGCUGAAAGAACGUUUCAGGCAACUUUUGUACUUGGAAUUCUGGACGGUAAGGAAGGCCACAUUGUUCAUUCUUGCAUGCUGCGUACUCCACAACAUGUGCAUUGAAGGAGGGGACAAUGGCCUUGACUAUGAGGAUGUGGGUACCACAAAUGCCAGCAGGCCAAACCCGAUUGAAAUGCUAACCUUUGUAGACUCAAAAACAGAAAAAGGGCUGAAGCAACUAGGAGAAAAAAAACGGAAGCAAAUUGUACGGUACCUUCAGACCAUUCAGUGA